UAUGGCCAUAUUUUGGCUUGAGGGUGUUGCGACGGUGGUUGUCGUUUGCCCAGGCUUAAUUGGAAAUAUUUUAACCAUUCUUGUCCUUUUUCAACGUUCAAUGAAAACGUCUACCAACCAUUUCCUAACUGCUUUAGCAUUUUGGGAUUCGAUAGUGCUCAUCAUGUCCACUCUACUCAUGUCUGUUGGGCAAAUUAUUCCCAUUUACAAGGAGGAAAUACAUCCCUUCAUUGUUAGCUACACCUAUCCAAUUGCUCUUAUUUCUCAGACAGCAACGAUUUAUCUAACGGUCAGCUUUACAGUUGAACGUUAUAUAGCCGUUUGUCAUCCGCUCAGGGCUGCCAGUAUGUGUACCAGAACGCGAGCUAAACUUGUUAUAGGUGCCGUAUCUUUAGCUUCCACUCUCUACAACAUACCACGAUGGUUCGAAUAUCGGCCAGGCUAUAAAGAUGGUAAAUUUCAAGCUGUUAGUGCACUUUUAUUGAAUAUUGAAAAGUACAAAAGAAUCUACUACAUUCUCUAUGUACCAAUGAUGUACAUUAUACCAUUAGUAGUACUAGCCAUUCUCAACACCUUUCUUGUUCGAGCAGUCCGGGAGUCUACUAGAAAUCAUCAGACAAUGAAUGUUCGACAACAUCGUGAAAAUAAUGUUACAAUAAUGUUAGCAUCAGUUGUUGUCGUAUUUAUUGUUUGUCAACUACCUGCUAUGGUCUAUAAUGUUGGCUACGUGAUCACCUCAAAUGAAAGAGCAUUUGAAAUGGAUUGGGCAAUUUUAAGUUCAGUUAGGAACUUUUCAGUGACUGUUAAUUCGUCCAUAAAUUUUAUUUUAUAUUGUGCUUUUGGUCAGAAAUUCAGAAGAACUUUCCUGCAGACUUUUUGCCAGAAAUGUUUUCCGGCCGAUAGGAGCUCCGCUCAAUACGCUUUAGUACAAUAUUCUAAACCGCCAUCUAGCGUUCACCCACGACGUUGGGCGAGUACGCCUUCAUCUAGUACUGUUAAUCGACCGCUGAGUGGCGUUUCUUCGUACCGAAUAGACAACUGUCUACUGGCGACUUCACGCGGCAAUUUACAUGAAGAUAACCCACUUCCCGAUGUCGUUGUUUCUCCCAAUACGAAUAUCUAA